GGCCACUCCAAUGCAGCCGAUGAACAGCGAGUGCUUGAGGCGGACGCAGUAAUUGCGGUAGAGCAGCUCCAACUCGCCUUCGCCCCUGAAAAACGAGCACCAAGACCAGAAUAAGUGCCAUUCAUUCAUGACGUGUCUGUAAAGAAGUCGCAUCCCGCACUGUGUUAACAACCACUUGAUUCGAGUGUGAAUAGCAAGGACGAUUCAAGUUUUGGCGGGAACGGCGCAGUGGAGAAAAAAUAUGGCCGCCUACGAAGAGGGCGAUUACCCUCUUCACAGGUGCAUUUUCUCGGACGACCGAAAGCGGCUGUCGCAGUUGCUGCGGAGCAAGGAUGUUGGCGCCAAGGACAAAUACGGCAACACGCCGCUGCACCUGGCUGUCAUGCUCGGCAGAAGAGAGUGCAUCCACCUCUUGCUGAACCACGGGGCACCGGUCAAAGUGAAGAACAAUGCUGGAUGGAGUCCCCUUUCGGAGGCCAUCAGCUUCGGCGACAGACAAAUCCUUUCUUCCCUGCUGCGUAAACUGAAGCAGCAGUCCCGGGAGCAGGUGGAGGAGCGGAGACCGAAUUUAGUUGCUGCCUUACACAGUAUAGACGACUUUUACAUGGAACUCAAGUGGGAUUUCCAGAGCUGGGUUCCGCUUGUGUCUCGAAUACUUCCAUCCGACAUCUGCAAAAUCCACAAAAGAGGCUCGUCAAUGCGGCUGGACACCACUUUGGUCGACUUUAACGACAUGAAGUGGGAAAGAGGAGACAUUAGUUUUAUUUUCAACGGCGAGCAAAAGCCGUCACAGUCGCUCACGGUUCUCGAUAAUAAAGAAAAGCUAUUCCAAAGAGUUAGAUACGAGAAUAUCCCAUUGCAGGAGACUGAAAUGGAGUUGGAAGACGAGGUCGACUUGUUGAUGAGCAGCGACAUAAUUGCAGUGCAAAUGUCUACAAAGUCAAUAAGUUUUAGUCGAGCCCAGUCGGGCUGGUUUUUCAAAGAGGACCGCAAGGAGUCUGUGGGUGCGUUCAGCGCCGAAUUCUACCACGUCAAUGGAAUGGUUCUCGAGUCGCGCAAGCGCCGGGAACACCUCACUGAAGAAGAUCUCCGCAAGAACAAAGCCAUCGUCGAGAGCUUUACCAAGGGAGGCACGUCGCAGGUCGACAUUAAUGGGGAGACAAUUCGGCGGCCGUCCCUGGCUCCUCCUCCGCCUUGCGCCCUUACGUGGGAGGAGUACGUCGCAAGUCCAGGGUCGAAUCCUCCAGUUCUUGGCAGAGACAUGGUGUACAAACAAACCUGCAAAUCUUUCAAAGCAACAGUUGCCAUGAGUUCCGAGUUUCCGUUGUCUGUGGGAAUGCUGCUGAACGUCCUGGAAAUCGUCGCGCCUUUCAAGCACUUUACUAAGCUUAGGGAAUUUGUCAAUAUGAAGCUUCCUCCAGGCUUCCCUGUGAAGAUUGAUAUCCCGAUUCUGCCGACAGUGACGGCCAAGAUUACGUUCCAGCAGUUUGACUUUAAAAGUGACAUUCCUCGAGAACUAUUCGAAGUUCCGGCCAACUAUCACGAAGACCCGACGCGCUUCCCUGACUUGUGACUCGUCGACUGCAGCUGCAAGGGGUGGCAUUUAAUUUAUCUUUCAGUUCCUUCUUUCAGUUCUCUCUAUUUCAAUAAUCUAAUUUAUGCUCACGUUGCUUUGUCAGGUUUUCAAUCAAAGCAAUCGUCACAAAUCUGUGUUGGCUGGCUUCUUACGUAUGUACUUCUUUUGAUGUUUAGCAAACGCUUUCAAUCCUAGACGUGUUGCUAGAUUUUCCAGGUUAUUUGAAAAUUAUUGUCUACGCUCAAUAUUUUGCAGGAGACAAAUUUGUUGUUGUGAACUUUAAAUUUUUUUCUUGAAAUUAAGAGAUUGGUUACAAAUCAAGCACGUUUUUUCAUGAAUCACUGAACGCUUCCGAGGUGAAAAAUCCUUGAUCGCUCAUAAACAUUUGCUCCGAGUGUGCAACAAAAUAUAUAUUUCUUGACAAAUGGGUAAUUAAUUUUAAGUAACUUAUUGCCAUAUUAUUGUACGUUGGUUGUUAAUUGUUGUGUUCUAGUAAAUGUUUUGUGUCUAGUCAUGAGCAAAAUAAAGAAAUAAAUCGAGGCAAUAGCACAUUUGGCCAGGCCUGCCAGCAAUCCAAGCCACCGACAAACAGUUUCCACGUUUAGGGACCAGAGAACAAUCAGAUACUAGUCUCCCAGAUGAAUCGGCAGGUUUCGUUCUCGUUAAUAUUAUUUUAUUGUCGUGCCAGAUAAUAAGUUGGAACAAACAGGUCUUGGCCAAAGUCAAAUAAAUUUUAUGUCACAUAGUGAGUCGUAGCGAUAGCGAUAUGUUGAUUAAAACGCCUUUCUUGAAUCUAGGAGAAAUAAAAUAAUAACUAUGUACAUCCAUUCGCUCUCCAUCACACCCGAGUCAGCGAAUGGAUUCAUUUUUACAGAUGCAGGUGUUUGUAAAACACAAAAUGUAAUACUAUUUAAUGCAAAUACAUGCUCAGCUACGAUACAAACGGCUUUUCCUUUUAAAACUAUUAAUGAUUGGGGCUAUUCGCUGCAACAUUAAUAAGGGAACCCUGAUUGUGAGUAUGUUCCGCUCAGACAUACAAUUUAUUUCCUCAAAAAUGUGUUCAAUUUUGUGAUGAUUACAUGGACCACCAGUCCAAAGUUUUAAAUCUAGUGUUUUUGAGUUAUCAAAUGGAAAUUGUUUCGUAAAAGCUUUAAAAGGAAUUUAAAAUUAAAUUUUUGUUCCGUCUUGUGAUUAUUUUUCGUUUCCCGACUGUCUUUGACAAGACAAAUCGAUCGAUCGGUCAGGUUUGACUUUCCAAAAUUCUCGGCGAUUUUACUUACAGAGGUGACUUAAUGUGUCUAUUGUUAAAUAAAAUUAAUAAUAA